UGGGAUUGUGACAUUCUCAGCAACGUUUGCAGCCUACACCAUGUUGUUUCAUUCCUAUACCUAAACCUGCUUUAUUUGCUUCAGAGUUUUGCUGCUGGAAAAUACACGAAAACUGUUUUAAACCUACAGGUCUUUCCCCCUGACUCUAGAUGUAGUUGCUACAUCCUUAGGCACAAAGCAAAUGCAGAUGUUGGACCAUGUCAGAAAUCUUGUCAAGAGCAUGGACUGUCUCACACAGAGUGGAGAUAUGGCUUCUGAUCCUGCUGGCUUAUUUGCUCCAAAGAAAUGUGAACUCGGGACAUAUGCCAACAAAAGCUGCUGAUCCGGAAGCGUUCAUGAAUGUUAGCGAAAUUAUCCAACACAAGGGUUAUCCCAGUGAGGAAUAUGAAGUUGCAACUGAAGAUGGAUACAUCCUUUCUGUGAACAGAAUUCCUCAAGGACUGACACAAUUAAAAAGGGAAGGAUCCAGGCCAGUGGUGCUACUGCAGCAUGGUCUUCUUGGGGAUGCUAGCAACUGGAUUUCCAACCUACCCAACAACAGCCUGGGCUUCAUUCUGGCUGAUGCUGGCUUUGAUGUGUGGAUGGGAAACAGCAGAGGAAAUACCUGGUCUCGAAAACACAAGACUCUCUCCAUAGACCAAGAUGAGUUCUGGGCUUUCAGUUAUGAUGAAAUGGCUAGGUUUGACCUUCCUGCUGUGAUAAACUUUAUCUUACAGAAAACAGGCCAGAAAAAGAUCUAUUACAUCGGCUAUUCACAGGGCACCACCAUGGGCUUUAUUGCUUUUUCCACGAUGCCAGAGCUAGCUCAUAAAAUAAAAAUAUAUUUUGCCUUAGCCCCUAUAGCCACUGUUAAAUAUGCAAGAAGUCCUGGUACCAAAUUUCUGCUGCUGCCAGAUAUGAUGAUCAAGGGAUUAUUUGGCAGACAGGAAUUUUUAUAUCAGACUAGAUUUUUCAGACAGCUUUUUAUUUACCUUUGUGGCCAGAUGAUUCUUGACCAGAUCUGCAGCAACAUCAUAUUACUUCUGGGGGGAUUUAACACAAACAACAUGAACAUGAGCCGAGCAAAUGUGUAUGUCGCCCACACACCUGCUGGAACAUCUGUACAGAAUAUUCUCCACUGGAGCCAGGCAGUGAAUUCUGGUGAACUUCGUGCCUUUGACUGGGGAAGUGAGACCAAAAACCUGGAGAAAUGUAAUCAACCUACUCCUAUAAGGUACAAAGUUCGUGAUAUGAUGGUCCCCACAGCAAUGUGGACUGGGGGUCAAGACUGGCUUUCAAAUCCAGAUGAUGUGAAAACCCUGCUUUCUGAAGUGAGCAACCUCAUCUAUCACAAGAACAUCCCUGAGUGGGCUCACGUGGAUUUCAUCUGGGGGCUGGACGCCCCUCACCGUGUGUACAAUGAAAUCAUACACCUGAUGAAGCUGGAGCCCAACCUUUCCCAGGGAACCUGCAAGGUCACAUUGUGAAGUUCUGCUGUUAGAAAAUCCUGAAAUAAGGUCACAUAGUGGGUGAGGCUGCAGGAGAAAGAUUUUCAAGGGAGUUUCUAGGCUUGGAAAUGUGCUACAUCAGUUAAACGGAAGGAUAAAGAUGUGGGAAUGCCAGAAGACCUGCUGGUCUAAACGAAAGCUUUCGUUUUUUUUUCAUUUGACACUAAAGCUGAUACACUUUUUUCCAGUAGGUUUAGCUAAGUUGGAGAACAUAGGUUUCCUGUGCUUAGGAUCUUCUACUGUCUUGCUGUGUAGUUAUGACUUGACCAACAGAAAGUAUCUAGAUAUUCAUUAUAUCAUUCCCCCUUUCUAAAUUAGAUUUUGUUUCUGUAAGUUAAAUUUUGGAGCAGUAAAGUAAAAGGAAGAAUUGGGACAGAGAUUAAAAUGUAUAUCUUUGGACUAUUUACUUGGAUAAAAUGAACUGGACAUUGCCAUCUCAUUGCCAUAAAGACAGGGUAUUGCUUCAGGAAGCUAUUUGGACAACAACAGAAAAAUGAAAUUAUGGUAUAUGUGGAAUCUAAGCUAAACAACCUUAGAACAAAGAUAUUUUAUAGGGUAUUUAUGAGUUUUUCAAUAAAUUAUGUAUCUCAUAUAGCAUAUUGUGUGUCAGUACUGAGAUUUUUCAGCUGCUAUUAGGAGACCAGCUGGUCCAAACGAAAGCUAUGAAGAAACAUUUGUAAUGUCCAGAGGAGAAUGAAAUAAAUUGUUGUAUAGUUUAUCUUCUCAUCAAAGCAUAAUCACUCAAAGAUAAUCUCCCAACUCAUUUAUAAAUCUAGAUUUAAGUCCUUAGAAAUUUCUUUAAUUUUCACACAAUUUCAAAAGAUGGCAAGUUACAAAUUAUGAAUAUUAUUUGGCAGUCUUCUCUGAAGACAAAUCAGAACUCUACUAUGCCUGUUGGAGGCACCUGUUAGGAAUAUACAGGUGUCUGUUGAACACAUCUUAGACUGUGAAGUUCAUCUGUCCUGCCCAGGGUUACCCGAUAACUUAGUUCAAUGUAGAUGAAUCGUACAUAAUUUCCUUAGAGCCUUCAGGAUGCUACAUAUACACUCAGGUUCUGUACAUAGCUUUGUAAACAUUUCCAGAGUGUAUUUUCAUUGAUCCUUUUUGUAUCCAAGGAAAGUAAUCUUUCAUUGUUAACUGUUUUGGCUGCAGUGUAGCCUGACUUAGUCCAUUUCUACAGCUGUACCUGGAUCAUCUGUUUUUUCAAAAGUCACUCAUGAGGCAGAUUUAUUUCCAUUCAGUGUCAUUCACAAAAGAAGUAAGGCUGAUAGUUUGGUAUUCAUAACCUCUCACCUAGAAAUAUAACCCAAAUACUUCUCUGCUUCUAUGAAGAAGUAAGACCUUUAAACAAAUCAGUUAUAAUAUUUCAAGUUUUGUCAAUUAGACUAAAAAAAAUUGGGACUGAGAUAGUAGCUUUGUGAUAGAUGACACUUGAUUCCCAAUGCCAAAAAAAAUGGAAAAUAGAUAAAUAAAUAUCAGCUAACUUGUGUUCA